UCAGCGGCGGUGGGAGCCCCCGGGAGCCCCCGCCUGCCCCGGCCAGUCGUCGCCUCCCCCGGCCUUUUCCCUCCUUCCCUCUGGCCGGGGGGCGCAGCGGGAGCCCGCACAAGAUCAUGCCGGACCAGAUCACCGUGUCGGAGUUCAUCGCGGAGACCACAGAGGAUUACAACUCCCCGACCACCUCCAGCUUCACCACCCGGCUGCAGAAUUGCAGAAAUACGGUUACACUGCUGGAAGAGGCAUUGGAUCAAGACAGAACUGCGCUACAGAAGGUGAAAAAAUCUGUGAAAGCAAUAUAUAAUUCAGGUCAAGAUCACGUUCAAAAUGAAGAAAACUAUGCACAAGUACUAGAUAAAUUUGGGAGUAAUUUUUUAAGUCGGGAUAAUCCAGAUCUCGGCACAGCUUUUGUGAAGUUUUCCACGCUUACUAAAGAAUUAUCGACGCUGCUGAAGAACCUGCUCCAGGGUUUAAGCCACAAUGUCAUUUUCACUUUGGAUUCUCUCUUAAAAGGAGACUUAAAAGGUGUUAAAGGGGACCUCAAAAAGCCUUUUGACAAAGCCUGGAAGGAUUAUGAAACCAAAUUUACAAAAAUUGAAAAGGAGAAAAGAGAGCAUGCAAAGCAGCAUGGGAUGAUAAGAACUGAAAUAACUGGAGCUGAGAUAGCAGAGGAAAUGGAGAAGGAAAGGCGGCUAUUUCAGCUACAAAUGUGUGAAUAUCUUAUUAAGGUUAAUGAAAUCAAGACAAAAAAAGGUGUGGACCUUCUGCAGAACCUUAUUAAGUAUUACCAUGCACAAUGCAAUUUCUUCCAAGAUGGUUUGAAAACAGCUGAUAAACUUAAACAAUAUAUCGAAAAGCUGGCUGCUGAUUUAUAUAAUAUAAAGCAGACACAAGAUGAAGAAAAGAAACAACUUACUGCCCUUCGUGAUUUGAUAAAAUCUUCUCUGCAGCUUGAUCAGAAGGAGUCUAGGAGAGAUUCACAGAGCAGGCAAGGAGGAUAUAGUAUGCAUCAGCUGCAAGGGAAUAAAGAAUAUGGCAGUGAGAAGAAAGGUUAUCUUUUAAAGAAGAGUGAUGGGUUAAGGAAAGUAUGGCAAAGAAGAAAGUGUGCUGUUAAAAAUGGAAUUCUUACCAUAUCUCAUGCAACGUCCAACAGACAACCAGCUAAACUGAAUCUAUUGACCUGUCAGGUGAAGCCAAAUGCUGAAGAUAAGAAGUCUUUUGAUCUAAUAUCACAUAACAGAACCUACCACUUUCAAGCAGAAGAUGAACAGGAAUACGUAGCAUGGAUAUCAGUAUUGACUAACAGCAAAGAAGAAGCAUUAAAUAUGGCAUUCCGUGGAGAGCAGAGCACAGGGGAAAGCAGUUUAGAGGAUCUGACAAAAGCCAUUAUUGAUGACAUACAGAGAUUACCCGGAAAUGAAGUCUGUUGUGAUUGUGGCUCACCAGAUCCAACAUGGCUAUCAACUAAUUUGGGCAUUUUAACCUGCAUCGAGUGUUCUGGAAUACACAGAGAAAUGGGUGUCCAUAUUUCUCGAAUCCAGUCUUUGGAAUUAGACAAAUUAGGAACGUCUGAACUCUUGCUGGCCAAGAAUGUAGGAAAUACUAGUUUUAAUGAUAUUAUGGAAGGGAAUUUACCUAGUCCUUCACCUAAACCCAGUCCAUCAAGUGAUAUGACUGCACGCAAAGAAUUUAUCACUGCUAAAUAUGUAGAUCAUAAGUUCUCUAGGAAGACUUGUGCAUCUGCAGCAGCUAAACUGAAUGAAUUACUUGAGGCUGUCAAAUCCAGGGAUUUACUUGCACUAAUUCAAGUCUAUGCAGAGGGGGUAGAGCUAAUGGAGCCACUGUUAGAGCCUGGACAGGAGCCAGGGGAAACAGCACUUCAUUUAGCAGUACGGACUGCUGACCAAACCUCUCUCCAUCUGGUUGACUUCCUUGUACAAAACUGUGGAAACCUGGAUAAGCAAACAGCAUUGGGUAAUACGGUUCUACACUACUGCAGUAUAUAUAAUAAGCCUGAGUGUUUGAAAUUGCUUUUGAGGGGGAAGCCAACUAUUGAUGUUGUAAACCAAGCUGGAGAGACGGCUCUGGACACAGCAAAAAGAAUGAAAGCUGUCCAGUGUGAGGAACUGCUUUCUCAAGCCAAGGCAGGCAAGUUAAACCCACACGUCCAUGUAGAGUAUGAAUGGAAUCUUCGGCAGGAAGAAAUUGAUGAAAGUGAUGAUGAUUUAGAUGAUAAGCCUAGCCCUAUAAAAAAAGAGAGAUCUCCAAGACCCCAAAGUUUUUGUCACUCUUCAAGCAUUUCUCCCCAAGACAAAUUGACCCAUCCUGCAUUUAGCACUCCUAGAGACAAGCAAAGACUCUCCUAUGGAGCUUUUACCAAUCAGAUUUUUGCUUCUACGAGCACAGAUUCACCAACCUCUCCAACUGCAGAUGCUCCUCCUCUUCCUCCUAGAAAUGCCGGCAAAGGCCCACCUUCAACCCUCCCUCUAAGCACUCAAACCUCUAGUGGCAGCUCCACUCUUUCCAAGAAGAGACCACCUCCCCCACCCCCAGGACACAAAAGAACCCUCUCUGACCCACCAAGCCCACUACCUCAUGGACCCCAGAAUAAGGGCCCAAUUCCUUGGGGUAAUGAUUUGGGCCCACCUUCAACUAAGGCUGCAAACAAGUUUGAGGGAAUGUCUCAGCAGUCAAGCACUGGGACUGCAAAGACUGCACUUGGCCCUAGAGUUCUUCCCAAACUACCUCAAAAAGUGGCACUAAGGAAAAUAGAAACCAGUCAUCAUCUUUCAAUAGAUAAAUCCCAUCAGCACACGGAAAUCUUUCACAAACCCUCACUGUCCAUCGAUAUACCACAGAAACCACAACCUGGAGACUUGCCCCCAAAGCCUCUGCCUCUGGAAUUAACUCAGAAACCUCAAGUGGGAGAUUUACCCCCAAAGCCUGGAGAACUGCCCCCAAAGCCUCAGCUCGGAGACUUACCACCAAAACCACAACUCGGAGACUUACCUCCAAAGCCACAAGUGAAGGACCUUCCUCCAAAACCUCAGCUAGGGGAGCUAUUGGUGAAAACUCCAGGUGGAGAAGCAUCACCGAAGCCUCAGCCCUCGGAGGCAAAUCAAAAAUCUCACUCCUUAGAUCUUUCUCCAAACGUACAACCUAGAGACACCGUCCAAAGGCAAGCAUCUGAAGAGUCCAAUGACAUAACACAUACCCUGCCAGAAACUCCUGUGCCACUUCCCAGGAAAAUAAAUAUGGGGAAAAACAAAGUUAGGCGAGUGAAGACCAUUUAUGACUGUCAGGCAGAUAAUGAUGAUGAGCUCACAUUUGUUGAAGGAGAAGUAAUUAUUGUAACUGGUGAAGAGGACCAAGAGUGGUGGAUUGGCCACAUCGAAGGACAGCCAGAGAGGAAAGGGGUCUUUCCAGUGUCCUUCGUGCACAUUCUGUCAGACUAGUAAACAUGAACGAACAAAAAAAUCCUAAACUUGAGCAUUGCACAUUCUUCAUGCAAGACGGGCUUUUUAGCAAAAGCGAACGCUGCUGCCUCCCUGUAAUCCUGUGCACAAUUGUAUAUAUAGCUGCUGUUACAAAUUAAGAAGUCAUUUAAGUUUCACCUCAUGAGGUUGAAUUAUAUGUAUUGUAAAUAUACUGUGUUAUUCUGCCUUUGCCAGUAUUAUGGUAGCCUUGGAACCUGGCACGCCUUAUUGGGUUCAUUGAAGCCAUCCUUGGCAUCUAGCACUUACAUCUCUGUCUAUGCUGUUAAAAAUAGGUAUGAACUGCCAGCUUUCCAAACAUAGGUGGUCUCUGUCAACCAUGUAACUGUACAGAAAUGACUGUUCCUAAUAACUUGGUAUUCUCAAUAUUCAAUUAGCAGAAAGUUAGAAUGAGUGAAUGGUUUUGGGCAAUUUACAAACCAGUCUGCAGUUUAUAAGUGUAUGCAGUUUACAGCUAUGAAACCCACUUCAGUAUUUAUUUAAUAUAGUGCUCCGUUUAAGUGUAAUUAUGAAGACAAAUAUUCACUGACUUUACAGAUACAGUAAUGUUUUAUGGUGUUCAUACAGCAUUUCAUGUUUAUAAUAUGUGGACCUAUGCCAAACUGUGAUUGCAGUUCCCCUGUGAUAUUACCUCACUAUAAAAAAGUUACAAAUUUAUUUCAUUCAAAAACUUCUUUUAAUGAAAAUUAGUCAUAUCGUUCUUUAGUAGAUAUAUGUGAAAUUUGCUGGUUUCUUUCACUGAAUUCUUAGUAACCAAGGACUUCUAGAAAAUGCUAACUGUUGACAUUAUGCAUGCAUUUAGAUGCUUACUUGAAACCUGCCUUUGUACAAAAGUAGUACUGUAGUGGUAUAGCUACAUUUGAGGAAAAGAACAUUUUAACUUAAUUGCUAUUCAGAUUAAUGUGAGCUUGCAACAGUAUUUGUUUAUAGCUAAAUUGGCUCUUUGAAAAAUGAUUUUGUGGAGUUUUUUUUUUUUUCCUCUGUCUUCAACUUUGCUAAAACUUAGUUACCUAAAAUAAAAUUUCUUAAGUGGUGAUAAGGAUAAAUUUCAAUAACUUUUAAUUGCUCUAAAAAGUGGAAGUUAAGAUGCCCUCUCAUGCAUUUGAUCAGGCUGCUAAUGGUAGAACUCAGAUUACAGGUAUCAGACUGGUUUUAGUAGAGUUCACUAAAUGGUAAUAGUCUUAAGUCAAAGUACCAGGUAACAGACAUACUGUUAUAAAGCCAGUUUCUGAGAAAAUCUUUGGAAGGCCGUAUUUCACCUGAGGUUUCUUUAAAGCUGGUAUAAAGUUGCAUUGCCAGAAAACACUUAAAUGUAUUACUGGAAACUUUCAUUUCCUAUGUCACUUUCAACAUCAUAUUUCAACUUUUGAAGCGUAAUGCAGUUGUGUUUUUCCCAUAGUUUGCCUGUAGCGGGUUCCAUGAUUUUCAUAUGUAGUUUUGUAUUACUUGCUUUAAAUGUUAUUUUGGCUUCAGUAGCUUGUACUGCUAUUUCAGAGCAGACUCUCUUGGCUGCAUGGAAAGAUUUUUCGUUUCAUCUCAGACUUUUUACAAGACUGUAGUCAGUGAAUAUUUAAUUCUGCUGUGGUUAAUACAGAAACAAAUACCAGUCUAAACUCCACAUGGGGG